GCCGCCCACGAUGCCGGCGAGCCCCAGCCACUUUCCUUUCCGUGCGCCAGCCGCCCAAGCUGGGCACGCCAGCAGCCCCGCGGGCUCUCUCAGCGCAGCCGGCCCCGCGCCUGGGCGUGAGCGCUGCCUCUCCCCGGCAGGCAGAGCUGGGGCGAGGCCCUGGCGAAGCAGGAAAGGAAUGCGAGUGGGAAGAGCGAGGCACAAGCGAGCGGGCAUGUAGCGGCAGAUCCCGGAGCCCAGAGGCCGGGGCAACCUCCGUCGGAGCUCACGCGGCAGAGGGCGGGCUCUCUCUGUCUCCCUCGGUCUCUCCCUCGGAAGCCGGACGGCCAGGAGCAGGAAGAAGAAGAAGAAGAGGAAAGCGCUCCUGGCAGACCACGCGGCGGCGGCGAUUCCUAGCAUCCUGGGCAGCCCGAGCCCCAUGGCGUCGGAGAAGGUGCUUCGCGAAGGGGUGCUGGAGAAGCGCAGCAGCGGCCUGCUGCAGCUCUGGAAGAGGAAGCGCUGCCUGCUGGGCGAGAAGGGGCUGCGGCUGUUCGAGGCCAGCAGCCGGGGCUCGACGCGUUGCAAGGAGAUCCCCUUCGCGCGCGUCAAAGCCCUCGAGUGCGUGGAGUGGAAGCAGCGGCACAUCUACUUCACGUUGGUGACGGACGGCGGCGCCGAGAUUGACUUCCGCUGCCCUCAGGAGGAGCCCAGCUGGAACGCCGACAUCACCAUGGCGCUGGUGCGCUUCAAGAACCAGCAGGCGGUGCAGAUCGUGCGCGCCAGGCACAGCUGCAGAGCCGCAUUUCAACACGAGGCAGCCCCAGCUGGCCAGAUUCUGGUGAAUGGGUCCAAGGAGCCAGACCCUAAGCUGAACAUGGAGAAGACAGAGGAACUGAUGGCUGUGAAUUCACCUGCCAAUGGACAGAAGGCAAUCUCCAGCUGCAACUGAACUUAGAUCCAUUUUUUUUCCUCUUCCAUGGUAUUACUACUGAAAAAUGAAGUGAUGCCCAAAGCGUACAGCAAGACCUGGGUCACAAAUAUAGCUAGAAUGCGCAUUGGUUUUCUGGCUGUGUCUUUGCUAUGAUACUUAAGACAUAGACAAAGCCCCCUCCAAACUGCUGUGGACUGAAAGGUUGCUUCUCUACACUCUUACCUAUGGUGGUCCACACCAUGGGACUUUGUAGGUUAGGUUGAAGACACAGACACAGCAAGAGUGACAAAAGAGAAUCAUUCCAUUCCAUUGUCUGCCACCAGCCUAGUGCUGGAUGGGCAAUGCAGGAAUUCACUGGAUCAUGAGGAGCGUUGGGAAGGAACUCCUGAGCAUGCCAGGAGCCAUCUGAUGAUGUCAUGGUCAAAAGGGAGCAUCCCUCCUCGGAGAACUGAGUGACUGACCUGGAAGGAGCAAUGGUGAACUGGCUAUUCUGAUCUGAGAAGUCACAUGUUGCCAGGAAGAUGCCUGCAGGACUUAACAGAGAUACCGGAUAUAAAUUUAAGCACCUUAAGGAGGAGCCUGUGUGGACUUCUGAGACUCUCUUAAAUGGGUUUUCUCUGUAGUAUUGCUCACUUGAGGCCUUCUGCUCAGAACUAAAGGACAGGAAGAGCACUGACUGGGCCAGUGUCCCAUCCUUACGACCAAUAGCUCCAGCUCAGUGAAUCACUCCGGUGUCCCACUGUACAUCCAUUUCAUUAGGUCCCUUACAUGUGUGAAGGGGCAAUCCACCUUUAACCAAACCGUCAUGUAGCUCCUUUCAGCUUUCCAUAUGUUCAGGGCAAUGUCUGCAGUGGGGAGCUUGUUGCACUCAUGUAGGCUCCCCAUGUGACUGAGAGGCCUAAUAGCACCGGGUUCUAGAUUGCUUGAGAUGUUUACAUGAGAGUAGCAGUCUCCCCACUGCAGAGGGUUGCCCUGAAAGUGUGGGAAACUGGUUGGAGCAGCACAAGUGGGAUAAAGUUGAAGGCCACCUCUUUAGUCACAUUCCCCCUUCAUGUGGGUAACAACUAAACAGGGCCUAUUACAGGGAGGAGCAUCAUGAACUUUUGAAGAGGACUACUCACAAACAUGAGCAUCCUAUUUGACCGCGCACAAGGAAGAUUGUCCUGCUCACCUUGAGGCUGUGAAUGCCAUUGACACCUUCUCAUUCUCCUGAUUCAAGGCCCAUUUACUUACUAUGGGCCAUGGCAAGGAGGCAGGCGCAGGAAGGUCUUAGGGCCCUGGUGGAACAUCUUUAUCCAUUGGGAAUGGAACUGCCAGUCUGAGAAUCCCCAGCUGGAAAAGGAUGCUAUUCAUUUUUACCAGGGCGAUGGCUGCCUGAGGGCCAAACAAUGGGUGCUCAUUUACUCCUAACUACUGGUCAUUAUGUAUAACCUUUUAUUAAUAAAAUUUCAAGAAAAUCAA